CAUCUUCAUUCAUUCCAAACUGUGCAAGCAGGCAGGCAAGGCACGCAGGCAGAGGACGAGCGGUGGAAAGCAGAGAGGUGGGGCGAAUGUGGGAGAGGCAGAGGGUGUGUGCGUCCACGCUCUUCCUCUUCUUGCGUGGGUGCCGGCAGCUGCUGUGGUUUGUAGACAGAAAAGAAAAGUUUGCAAAGUCCGAGUGCUCUCCAGCUGCCAACACACACAGCAGCUCCUUUUCCACACAAGAAGCUUCUACUACUUAUUGAUUCGCUCAUAUGCACCUUUACCUCCCAUCUAUCUCCAGACAAGCUUUACCCAGGAUGUGGACUCUUCUCUUGGGGGUUAGCUUAGGACUCCUGGCCUCCUGCAGAUCAGAACAACUUCAAGUUAAUUCUCGCAGCUGCAGCUACGCUGGAGUGUUUCUUGUCGAGGGAGAACAUCGUUACUCUCUGACCUUUGACAAUGCUGAAAAGGUUUGCAAGCAGCUGGAGAGCACAAUGGCAAGUCCGGACCAAGUCGAGCAGGCCUUUCAUAAAGACAUGGAAACCUGCAGGAACGGCUGGAUCAGCAACAUGAGCAUCUCCAUUCUUAGACACACACACCAUGAAAACUGUGCAAUGAACACAACUGGUUUCAUCAUCGAUCCUCGUGAAGACCCAGAAGAACUUCAUGAUGCCUACUGCUUCGAUGAUACAGUGGGCCCUGAGAAGAACUGUGAUAAGGCGUUUGACAGAAGUCAAGACAAGACCUCCACGGAGCCUGGGCUGAAUGUGUCUACUGCAGCGGAAUCAGACCCCUUUGAUGGAGAACUUUCUGUCGCAGGAACUGAAAUGACUUCGCUGGCUACCAGAACCACCCCGGAACCACAGACAGCCUCCAUGCCACCUGGAGUAGAGGAAAGUUCACUCGAAUGGGGUGACAAAAUCAGCACCCCCUUCACACUGUUUCCUGGAGACUUGGAUCAGCCCACUGGAUCCGGUAUGCAGCCACCCACUUCUGAGGGGGAAACACUGCCCACUCUUGUCCCUACCGGAGAAACCCACAGAACACAGAAACCUCUGGAUAACAAGCAGGAGGAUGUGAAGGUGACUCCUGAAAAUGGAGAUCCCAAAGCAGACCCACAGCAACCCUCCAAUGGCAAGAAAAGGAUGAAUGAGGUUCCACAGGCGGAUCAGCGGGAGGGCAAUGACUCAUCAAACUGGCUGGUCAUCCUUGGUGUUGUUGUAGCAGUAGCUGCUAUCUUCUUUGUGUGUGUUGCUGUCGCUAAAAGAAAGAGCUGGUGCGGCCAGAAGCAAACCCUGAUGAUCACUUCCAAAGGAAGCGAGGGGAACGGAGCAGCAGGAGCCGUAGCAUCCAGCUCCCAGGCCCAGGAGAGGGAGCAAGAAAUGGUGACCCUCAUGAACAAGGAGAAGAUCCAGGAGAACGGUAACACAGAGGAGUUCACCGCCAUCACGCUAGAGGAGACAGCUGAUAAAGAGGCGUGAGGAGGGAAGGCAGGCGGGUCGAAUGGCUGGGCGGGUGGGAAAAAGCGGCGUUCUAAAUUGCUUUGUUGGUCAGCACUGGAAACACACCGGGAGGGUGUUAGCACAUAGAUGUGUGUGUAAUUUAGAAACAUAGAAAUGGCACAGUAAUGGACCCUCAUGUGCAGCAUAUUGUUUGUCCAGUGUGCCAUAAUAGUGAGAAGGGGAAGCAUGCGUAGGUUGUGAGUGUGUUGUGUGCCAGUUUUUUGUGACAUGUUUCUUUAUGACAAAAGGGCUGGGUGUGAAAAAGAAAAAAAAAAGCGUUUUUUUUUUGUUUGUUUCUUAUGUAAGUGAACUUAACGUCACCCAUCAGCCAAACUGUGGCACUUAUUCACCAAACCAUGACAAUGAAAUUGACUGAAGAAUCCUGUGUCAUAUAAAAUAUGAGUGAAACAAUCAUUAACAAUGUUAAUUAUCUUGUGUAUUUUGCCUGACAUUUAUUGUAGACUACAGUUUUUGUUUU